AUGGCUAGAGGAGCAGGCAUUUUUCUGUGUCUCUUGAUUGUAAUCAUGGAUGUCACAGCUGGGAUUCUUGGCAUCGAGGCUGAGAUUGCACAAAACAAGGUCAAGCACUUAAGGUUGUGGAUAUUUGAGUGUAGAGACCCAAGCCAUAAGGCCUUCAUGCUGGGGUUAGGUGCAGUAGUACUUUUGGCUCUAGCCCAUGUUGUAGCCAAUUUGCUAGGUGGCUGCAAUUGCUUAUGUUCUCAACAAGAUCUUGAAAAGGCUUCUCCCAACAGACAACUCUCAAUGGCUUGUCUCAUUUUAACAUGGAUUGUGUUGGCUGUUGGAUUGAGCAUGCUGGUUAUAGGGACUACGUCAAACAACAAGUCAAGGGGUUCUUGUGGUUUCACACACCAUCACUUCCUGUCCAUUGGUGGGAUUUUGUGUUUUGUUCAUGGCCUAUUCUGUGUUGCCUAUUACGUUUCUGCUACUGCCAUUAUUAAUUAGCGAUUAAGAUU